GAGUCACCGCCCAGUUCGACGGCCGCCCAUGGGCUUCUGCGAACCGGGGCAGCCAUACUGCUAAAAACCCCCCGCCUUGACCAAAAGCGUGGGAACACUGACUAAACCAAGCCCAACAUCAACGCCUUUUCAAGUCUAGCCAUCGGCCUCGCUGUUUCAUGAUUUCGCCGCACCGCCCGCAGCGUAUAUAGAGCGAACGCAAACGACGACUUUACCCAUUUCCUUCGUCAUUACUCCUUCACCUCACCCCUACCAACGACAAACUCGAGUCACCGACCGCUCAGCCCGGCCUUAUUGAUCUGUCCUCUUCCCAUCAUAUCACCUUCAUAACCCCACCGUCAACACACUCCAAACCGUCAAGAUGUCUGCCUGGGAUACCGCCGAGGUCAAAAUCGGCAAGAACGUCCGCAGCGGAGGCGUUGCGCGCGAAACCGUUGUUCGCAGCCAGUCGGCGCUCAACGCAGCCAAGCGGGCCGGCGCCGCCAUCACAACCGAGAAGAAGUUCGCCGUAGGCAAUGCCGCCUCCAAACCCGGCGUAGAAGGCCAGCGGCUGACAAUGGUCGACCGGGCCGAUGACAUCGUCAAGCCCAAGACGGUCGGCAUUGAGGUCGGGAAAGCGAUCCAAAAGGCGCGCAACGAGUACGCGAAUCCCAACGGCUCCAAGGGCCUCACCCAAAAGGAGCUAGCCACAAAGUGUAACACGACGCCGACCGUCGUGGCCGGUUUCGAGCGCGGCGACGCGGCGCCCGACCAGAAGGUGCUGGCGGCCAUGGAGCGCGUGCUCAACGUCAAGCUGCGCGGGAGCGAUAUCGGCAAGCCCAAGUUUGAGAAGAAGGAGAAGAAGUGAAGUGGGAAUGGCCUACUUCUCUGCUUGUGGGGUGGUUGGAUGGCUCCUCGCUUGAGAGGGAGGGACCGGGUUUGUCCGUAUGGGUCGGACGACAUCGGGUACGCGUCGAGUCGCGAGAUGGAGUUCAGCUUGGCAAAGGGACGGACUGGUAACAGCGGCGUUGCUGCUGGGGUAUGAUGAUGUAUGAUGGUCGGGCAGCGCGCAGAUGCGCUUUCAUGACCGGUUUGAAUGGAUAUUUAGCGAGGACUGGGCCGGUUGCGUUUGCCCCUUGGUGGCGGCGUUUCACCGCAUGGGGCGAGGACACAUUGCGGAUAGACACGCCUUGCGAGGCAAGAUAGACCUUUCGUCUUGGCAAAUAACACAUUCCAUUUCAGAG